AUGAAGGAGGCCAAGAGAAAGGGUCGCCACUCUGGAUAUGGUAAACGUAAGGGUACAAGGGAGACUAGACUGCCGACAAAGGUUCUCUGGAUGAGGAGAAUGCGUGUGCUCAGGCGCUUGCUUCAUAAAUACAGAGAGGCCAAGAAGAUUGACAAGCAUAUGUACCAUGAUAUGUACAUGAAAGUGAAAGGUAAUGUCUUUAAGAACAAGAGAGUUCUAAUGGAGAGCAUUCACAAGACUAAGGCUGAGAAAGCGAGAGAGAAAACGCUGUCUGACCAGUUUGAGGCAAAGGGAGCAAAGAACAAAGCUAGCAGGGAAAAGAAACUUGCUCGAAGGGAAGAACGCUUGGGACCUGGGGAGAAGGUUUCUAAUGCUGCCUCUAAACCUCCAACAGCAGAUGGGUCAAAGAAGGCCAGAAGUGAGAAGGGACUGCAUAACAAGUGUUCUUGCCGCUUUGAGGGGAGAAUUCGAGUUUUAACCCUAUGUUCUCUUGAUCCUUUUGAUUGA